AUGUUCCUUCUCCAAGCUCACUCGGAGUAUGGAAGAAGGAGAAGAAGGAACCCAGUAGAAGAUAUCAGCAACAACAGGGUUUAUAACGGGACAACUCACUCAGGACAAAAGGGAAUCACAUGCAUGAGAAAUACAGUGAGUCACAGAGUCGGUGUACCAGAUUCUGACAUUGAUUCUUCAGCAAAACUCUUGCAUGGAGGAUCCUUACCUGAAAAAGUUUGGCUCAAGCAACAAUUCUCAAUUGGGGUCAAUGAUGUCACCCGCCUGCUUGAGCAGAUGGCUCCAACCUCUGUGACAGGAAAUUCUCAUGAACAUCGUAAUAAUGUCAUUAGAGCGCAUCGAUGA